CAGUGCAGCGAUCGGCAGUGCGCUGUGUCCCUCGGACAGAGCGGAUCACUGAUCCACGGAAAGAGCCAAAGAUGUCGGCUCGGUCAUGUAAUCAGCUGUGUCCAAUCACAGCUGAUCACAUGUAAACAGGGAAAUGCCAGUUAUCAGCAUUUCUCUCCCCACAAGCUUUCACUCUGACAGCUCAUCAUCAGAGCACUGAUGAUCAGUGUGCCCUGAUGAUCUGUGUAGCCCCAGCAGCGCCACCUGUCAGUGUCCAUCAGUGCCAGCUCUCAGUGCUCAUCCAUGCCACCUGCCAGUGCCUAUCAGUGCCACAUAUCAGUGCCACAUCAAUGCCACAUACCAGUGCCCAUCUGAGCUGCCUUUCAGUGUCACCCAUCAGU